ACAUACCGCUGAGCAAAUCUAAAAUGGCGGCGUGCACUCAUGCAAAAUGAGUUUUCUUCAACGCUUGAGAUUUAUAUCGGCAUCAUUCAAUUAUUUAGCUUUUCAGAGGAUUUCUUCCCCCUAUGGAGGAAUUUCUACAGCCCGGCCUCUAGUAAAGCUCUCGACGAGAUGUUUACGACUAUGCUGUCCAAAUUUUAGCGCAGAAGUAGAUAUUUCUGCUGACUCCUGGUCGAGUGGAAGAAAGUAUGUAAGUGGUUUUGAAGAUAUUGAAGAACUUCAUAAUGCCCCUGAAGAGGUCAAGAGAGUGUUUAGUCUCCAAAAUGCAAGUCAGUGGGAGCACCGUAAAAUUGGCCUGGGAAAGAUGGAACAAAAAUAUGCGGAUAAAUAUGAACAAAAAAUUGCAAAGUUGACCAUUCAAAUUGAGGCAGUGAAUGCAAAUAAUAGUGAUGGAAGGAGAGGAAAAAAGGACAUAAAAAAUAAAGUAUUUCUUUCCUGGCUGAUUGCACAACGAAGAAAAAAACUACUGAACCUGAAAAACCUUCGCUUUGAGCGCUACCUGGAACUUAUUAAAGAACUGGAGAUAGCUCCACUGGAAAGCCCGCACACAAAGUGGAACAAGUACAAGUUUAGGCAGUUCAAGAUGGGAGUGGAGAUCAAGGAGAAGAAGCAGCCAUAUCUACGGCGUGUAUAACGAUUGAAAUAAACUAGAAAUUUUACUUAGGACGUGUUCCUUUUGUAAACGAGGCGGGGGCAUCUAAAAAUUAAACCUUUUGCAAUUGAGAGUAGGGGGGGGGGAAAUGAUAAAGAUCGCGUUUUCGAUGUUCGAUAAAUAAAAACCAAAGUAAUUACGUCGGUAAAUCAGAGCAAAGGUUGUUAUCACGAAGCGAAUAAAAACUUCUGCGUCUGAAAAUGCA